UUUCAUCAUCUCUCCAUGAAUAUCUCUCUUAACCCAUGGAUUUAAACAGCUCCCCUCGUAAACAGAUUCCAUUAGCACGUGGGGAUGAGACACCUCGUAAACCUUCUGCUCCAUCUCUAACCAGACGUGUCUUCUAUUGCGGGGUUGUGGUUGAGGGAUGUGAUAGUGGCAGGAGGUUGCCCGAAGAUGUCCAAGAGCUAGUUCUAUCUCUAGGAGACCCCUGGUUGAGUCAGAAUGAUAGCCACAUUCUGCCUUCCGCAACAGACACAUCGUUCUCAGAACACAACCAGCCAGAUGGAUUGCAACGUAAACGCGCGCUUACAGAUUCAACGGCUCUAACUGAUGUGGUCAACGAACUCGUCAAUACUGAACGAUCGUACGUCAAGCGACUUCGAAUACUGAAGAACGACUAUGCAGACCCGCUACGCCAAUUCUCCCGGAACAAGAAUACCGCAAUCUUGCCUCCGUAUGAGGCCAAAACGUUGUUCGGCAAUAUCGACAAUUUCCUCCCAGUCAACGAGGCUUUUCUGCUGGAUCUCGAGAAGAUGGUUGCACCCGACGGCCCUAAAACAGUUGGGGGUGUCGGGGAUGUUGCCCUGCGACAUUUCAAAGAUAUACGAGGAUUCGAACACUAUAGACAGUACUACGUCAAACGAGAAGAAGCUCAGUCGAUAUUUGAACGCGAGAUGAUGAAGAAAUCAUCUGGUUUUGCCGCAUAUAUUGAUCGAAUCAAGUAUUCGACCGCUGAUACCAGGAAUCGCGUUGGUCUGCGCGAGCUACUCAUGGAUCCUGUUCAGCGGAUUCCGCGAUAUACCUUACUCUUCCGCACUAUGAUCAAGUACAUGGCGCCCGACGAUCCACAGCGCGCCAGAUUGGUAGAAGCCGAUGAAAUUGCUAGCAAGAUCGCUCUUGCGGAAACAGACGAACAAACCAAGCGAGCAGCAAUCAUGCAUUGUCUUAACGCAACAGUGGAUGGUUUCCCUCCUGGCUUGAUUUCGAUUUCACGACGGUUCAUCGAUUGUAUUGAUGUCGAUGAUAUCGUGCAAGAUGGCCCAACGUCUGCAUCCAACUCCGCCUCUAGCCUCGCUCUUAACUUGCUGCAUUGUACCUUAUUCCUUUUCGACGAUAAGUUGAUGAUCGUCAAGCGACCUGGCAAUGGCGAGAAAAGUGGUCGUUCGCUAGCUGGUUUGGACGAUGUUGACAAACUUGCGAAGACCGGCGGGUUACCAUUGCGCAUGAAGAAGAGUGGCUUGAGUUGCAAAGGUGUCAUUGAUUUACCCGACAUCGUCGCUGCUGAUGUCGGUGGUGCUGACUUUCACGUAUACCUCGAGAACCCACCUCAAGACCAAAGUGAUCGUUGGUCCGGUCGCUCGUUCCGUUGUCUUUCCGUUGUUUUCCCUCCUGCGCCAGUAAACCUCGAUCCUGUUCGAACUACCAACGAGAAGGAUCGGUUCCUCGAGAAUUUAUGGAAUGCUCAGGCGAAAUAUAGGACGAAGUCGGGACAAUCUGUUGUCUUGUGCGCUGAUGAGCGUGAAGUAGAGUCAAGGGGAGGAAAAGUUUCUAUGGCUCGUACCUACUUCAAUGUAUACCAACGAACAGCCUUUUUACAAGAGCCCAAAAAGACCAAGAUCGUCAUGCAUAUAGAUACGUUAGGGACCGCAGACCCCAUUCCUUUUGGAAUGGAUGGGCCACCAUACGUGGUGGUCAGAAUCCAACCCAUGGCGGGGGAGAUUUCGCGAUAUACAGUUACCUCCAGCGAUCCAACGGAUGAAUCUGAGGAAGACAUUGUUCAGACUGCAAGGAUUCCAGGUCGUAUCGUCCAAACAAUCCAUCAAUACGGACUGUUCAAGUUCAAAACUGGCAAUGACUCCCGUCCCGCCACCCCAACCGCGAGCUCAAAGUCUCGGGCACACAUAUUUAGCCUGGACGCGAUCUCGAGAAAUCUAUUCAACGCCAUACCAGGUUCUUCCAAGGGUGAUUUCUUUGGUGGUUCCAUAAGUGGUCAUCGCCGGUCGAAGUCAUCUGUCAGCCGCUCUUCUAUCUACACUCAAACAACAACGACAGGCGACGGAAGUCUGACCAAGUUCUCUCGUCGAUCCAAUUCGACGGCUACUGCUCCAACAUCUCUGGCAGACGAUGACUCUCUAUAUGCCAGUAAAUCUUCGAGUUCACGCAGAAAAUUGGUCAAAAGGGGUCAUUCGCCGGGCGCUAGUCAUUCCUCUCCACUAUCCCGGCCAACGUCUCCGUCACGGGAUAGUUCCAGAGGAUCAUUCUACAGCGAUGGAGAAGAAGAGUUACCAGUUCGCCAGGACCCAUCUGACCAAGAUUUAUCAAUGCGUCUAGAACUCGCACGACGCAAUAGUCAGAAUCAGCACGGAAAGCAGGCCGUGACGCCUUCGUUGGAUAAAUCGCUAGAAGAGACUAUCUAUGAAGAUGAUCCACCUCAGCCUUUACGUCCCACGUCCCAAGCCUCUACAGCAAGGGACGCAGUAAGUCAGCGAUCGAUGACUCCCCGUCCUACGUCAACGUCUCCAGACAGAGGGACAUGGCGAUCUAAUUCUCGAUUUGGUCCUCGUAGCAUCUCUCCAUUGCCACCGAGGAGUCCGACGAGUACUGCACCCCGUCUUCCGUCCAUGGAUGAUGAGCUUGCCUUAGAAGCUCACAUAGACGCUUUUCAGGACGAUUCAUCCGCCGUUGAGGAUGAUGUUACAUCUCCAUUGCCACGCAGUAGACGUCAGCCAUUUGUUGCGACCGGGAACAUGGAUUCCACGCCGAGACCGGCCAGCUCAACACCGAGCAGCGUGGAGCCACUCUCGAUCAAAAAGAAGACAUCCACCAGGUCUAGUACAUAUACGCCAAGCCGUAAAUCAUACACAAGAAAUUCCCCGCUGUCCAAAACUACAGCGAGGAUCGUGUCUCCGCGCAAAGUUUCACCUCAAAUUCGAACAACUCGUGUUGCCCACACUUCUCAUUCCACCCAAGUGGACCAUGCAGACGACCUGUUACGAAUCUCCCUGUCCACCAAAGAUGAUAUUGAGUCAUCACAUCGUGCCAUUAAACGGAUGAAAUUGGACCUGCAGGAAAUUCGAUCUAGCGACGAAUCAGCGGGUCUCGAUGAAUCAUGGAGGUGCUCUUCUCCUGAUAAGUCACUUGCUCGUACCCCGCAGCGAACCAAUCCCCCGCCCAUUACCAGGGAAGCGCAGCAACGGCUAGACGAGAUGAGGCAACUAAUAGGUAAACGUCAGCAGGAGGGUACCCCUCGCACUCGACCACGGAGUUUUGCACCAGAACUAUUUACGCCUGGACCAACUCCAACACCGAGUACAUCGAACGUCAGCCAGUUGAACGAGUCUGUUGCUGAUGCCGACAAACUCUUGGCUUCUGCCUUAUCAAGCCAUGAAACAUUGCAUCAGAGUCUUGCGCAAGUGGUGUCUGAUUUCAAAGAGAAACUAUCUGAAUUGGAGAAAGCUCGCGUGGAACUUCAGAACACGAAACGUCAAUGCGAACUUGUAAAGAGUCUUCUUGCAGAUGCUACCGCAGAAAAGGAGAUCAUGUACGAGGCGUUCAACGAAGAGCUAGACGCUAUGUAUAACGAUGCACAUCUCCCGGACGACGAAGCUUGGGCCAACAUGACGGCUGAUCUUCGUGAGACGAAGGAAUCGCAGAACGCACUUAGAAAGGAGAACUCGCAACUGAAAAGGAGGCUAGCUGAGGCCGAAUCCGAAAAGGAAGAGUGGGGUGCAUUGCUACGGGCACACGGACUUAUCCCUUAGCUCAGGGACCAUCUUAUUCAUCUGUUAUCAUUUGCUUGUAUAUUGUUAUCAUCUCUGCACGCUGUCAUGUUAUCCUCAUCACCUUAUCCAGCAAACAUACGAUCCGAAA